AUGCAGAAGUACGCACGUCGACCUAGCUUCGACGUCGGGGACUAUGUGUUGAGGUCGCGAGUCGACCAAAAACAUCACGACAAACUCUUGCCCUCGCGAUUAAAAUUCUACGCUGAUAAGUCGCUGUUGGUCAGUGAAGAGCUGCGAGAUCACGUGGCAGUCCAAGGUAUUGUACUAUCGGUGGAGAAAUUGAAUGAGACUCGAUGGAAUAAGGACAAAAACGACUAUGAAGUGCUGAUUAGCUGGAAAGGACUCGAGUCGAUCGAAGACUCGUGGGAAUCAACCAAACAACUGAGCAAAGAUAUACCAGUACUGCUGACAGAGUAUGCAGCUACUACGAACGACAGAAAGUUCGAACGGCACAUUGCCGCUGAAACAAAGCUCAAGCCUAGGUCAACAUACCGAUCGUCACCUCAGACACAACAGAACGUGCAGCGCGAUGGAACGUGA